AACUUUUCCAUUCUGUCUUCUUCUUCUUCUUGCUUCCUUGAUUAAAGACCCAACAAAACCAAACUUCCCCAUCACAAAAGUUCAUAGCUUUAUUCCACAAUGGCACUGGAAGAAGGAGAUUCAUUAUUCAGUUCACUGAAAUUACAACAACAAGAAGAACAAAGAGAGAGGCUGAUUGUAGUGAGCGGUCCUUGCAAGGUGGUUGAGUAUUUGCAGCCAGUAAUGUCAAAAGAGCUUCUCUGUAAGUUCCCAGACAACUCUGCCUUCGAUUUCGACUACACGCAGAGCUCGAUAUGGUCUCCGCUGGUCCCGCGGCUUACGCUCCGAUGGAUUUGGACUUCGAUUUCGAUUUCAUGACCCCGAGAAAGCUCACAUUUGAUCAAGUGGAGUUGGAGUCCAACAAUCAAAGUAGCAGCAUCAAGAAAGUGGGUUCUAGUGGUAAGAAGAAGAUGUGCACUGCUGGGUUUAAUCUUAACUUGAGUGCAUUGAAGAAGAAGAAGAAGUGGAAAAGCAAGAAGAACAAGAUGGCAUUGGUACCUGAUUUCUCUCCAACUCCUGUUAAGGGUAAUUGUUACCCCAUUGCCUCAAAGGUAUGGAAUAAGGUGCUGAAAGCUGCCUCUAAGCACUUCAAGAAGAAGAAGAGAGAUCCAAUGGCCCAUGUGAGGCUCUCCAAUUCUAUCAAAGAGGGAAAUAUCUGAAGCCUUCCACUUCCACUUCCUCAUUUGUAAUUCUUU